AUGGCUACCCCCAGCCCCACCAUCACCGACGCCGACGGUGAUGUCGACAUGUUUCUGCUCGAAGCCCAGCUGGGCGUCGGCUCACCAAACUUCACCGAAUGCUAUUUUACAACGGAGGAUGACAGCAGCGCAAAACUGGAGCUUCGUGGAGGUUAUGUUGCUGGUGGAAGACAGACUACACCUCGGAGGAACCCAAAAGAUCUGGUUUACCCCACCAUCGAGGUGGCCAUAUCGCCCUCCACUAAAGGAUCCGAGACUGAUGAGGCCGAUUUCAACGAGGGAAACGAGACCGAGGAUGAUUACGAUGAUGACAGCGCUGACGAUGACGAUCUGGAUGACAACCAGGGCUAUUAUAACGGCCACACCCAAAUGUCCAGCAUGCGCUUGACUCGUGAGACGUCCCGUAAUCCCGCGUAUAGCACCAACAGCAACUGGGACGAAUAUGUAGAGGUCCCUCUCCACCUUCAAGAUUAUGCCAAGGUCAUAAAGCGUGUAUCGGGCUAUGAGGACUGGAAUGAGGAGCAACGCCAUCUUCACAAACUCAUCUUUUUAAGAGGUCUUCACCCCGUGAUGCCAGCCUCGUGGCGAUGGAGUUACAAGAUGUGGGGCAUCGCUGAGGACAACCUCACUCAUGUCUUUGCGCCAGAGGACAGCAGGAAGGAGGUAAUUAUCAAGGCCUAUGGGAAUGAGCUUGCUGCCUGUAAAGCACUCGAAGCAGUGUUCCUUUGCACCCAGCACAUCUUGGACUUUGAGAGGCUUGGUCAGCGUGAACUUAUGGGGCCAUAUACCGCAAAAACCAUCAGCCGCUAUUGGAAAUGGGCUUUGAAAGAUGCGGGGUUGGACAAAUGCAAGUUUCCUCCACUGCUUCUGGUGCUGGAGUAUGAAUACUCCCGCAGAAAAGACUUCGCCCAUGAGGUUUCCGAUAGUGUGAGGAAGCGGGUUGAGGACGUUGCCCUGAGUUGGUGCGAGGUGCUCAUGGACGAUGAGACUGGGGAGUAUGUUGCGGAACCGCCUACCAUCUUUGUUUUCACUGUGGUUCAACACACCCUCGUGCUGUCCACUUACGAUGCUGCAUCGCCAGAACAAGGCGUUGUGCAGAUUGAGGAAGUCAAGUUCAACGCAAGAGGGCUUUGGCUGUGGAACUCACUGACCGUCGCUAUCGCCGUUCACAUGGCUCGGGAUACACUGAUGAGGGCACGGAAACAUGGAUUCAUUGGUGAAGCUCGACGCCAUAGAAGCAAGAAGGAUCCUGAUUUCUGA